CUCCCCGUCUAGCCCGCUCCCGGGCCCGCCCCCGAAGACGUGGAGCCCCGCGACAGCGGCAGGUUUUUCAAAGAUGAAAGUGACCUUAUCAGCUUUGGAUACUUACGAGAGUUCUUUCACUCCUUUGGUGGUCAUAGAACUUGCUCAGGAUGUCAAAGAAGAAACCAAAGAAUGGCUGAAAAACAGAAUUAUUGCUAAAAAAAAAGAUGGCGGUGCCCAGUUGUUGUUUAGACCAUUGUUAAAUAAAUAUGAGAAAGAGACACUAGAAAAUCAGAACUUAUAUCUUGUUGGUGCCUCCAAGAUUAGACUGUUACUGGGAGCAGAAGCAGUGGGAUUGGUAAAAGAGUGCAAUGAUAACACCAUGAGAGCCUUCACAUACGGGACGCGACAGAACUUCAAAGGUUUUGAUGAUAACAAUGAUGAUUUCCUCACAAUGGCAGAAUGUCAAUUCAUUAUCAAACAUGAACUUGAAAAUCUUAGAGCUAAAGAUGAAAAAAUGAUCCCUGGUUACCCCCAAGCAAAGUUAUAUCCAGGAAAAUCAUUAUUGAGAAGAUUGCUCACGUCUGGCAUCGUGAUUCAGGUGUUUCCACUGCAUGACAAUGAAGCCCUGAAGAAGCUUGAGGACACCUGGUACACUCGGCUUACUUUAAAGUAUCAGCCUAUAGACAAUAUUCGUGGCUACUUCGGGGAAACCAUUGCUCUUUACUUUGGAUUUUUGGAAUAUUUCACUUUUGCCUUAAUCCCCAUGGCUGUCAUUGGGUUACCUUACUACUUGUUUGUGUGGGAAGAUUAUGACAAGUAUGUGAUCUUCGCCUCAUUCAACCUGAUCUGGUCCACGGUGAUCCUGGAAGUGUGGAAGCGUGGCUGUGCCAACAUGACCUACCGCUGGGGGACGCUGGUCAUGAAGAGACAGUUUGAGGAGCCACGGCCGGGAUUUCAUGGCGUCCUGGGUGUCAAUUCCAUCACUGGCAGGGAGGAACCUCUCUACCCCAGCUACAAGAGACAGUUGCGCAUUUACCUGGUCUCUCUGCCGUUUGUGUGCCUCUGUCUCUAUUUCUCUCUUUAUGUCAUGAUGAUUUACUUCGACAUGGAGAUCUGGGCCUUGGGUCUACAUGAGAAUAGCGGGUCUGAGUGGACCAGUAUCUUGUUGUAUGUGCCCAGCAUCAUCUAUGCCAUUGUGAUUGAGAUCAUGAACCGCCUCUAUCGAUAUGCUGCUGAGUUUUUAACUUCAUGGGAGAAUCACAGGUUGGAAUCUGCCUAUCAGAAUCACCUAAUUCUGAAAGUUUUAGUGUUCAACUUUCUAAAUUGCUUCGCCUCACUUUUCUACAUUGCCUUUGUCCUGAAGGAUAUGAAGCUUUUGCGCCAGAGCCUGGCCACUCUCCUGAUUACCUCCCAGAUCCUUAACCAAAUUGUGGAAUCUCUUCUUCCUUAUUGGCUCCAAAAGAAGCAUGGUGUGCAGGUGAAGAGGAAGGUGCAGGCUUUAAAGGCAGACAUUGAUGCUACGUUAUAUGAACAAGUCAUCCUGGAAAAAGAAAUGGGAACUUACAUGGGUACCUUCGAUGAUUACUUGGAGUUAUUCCUGCAGUUUGGUUAUGUGAGCCUUUUCUCCUGUGUUUAUCCAUUAGCAGCUGCCUUUGCUGUGUUAAAUAACUUCACUGAAGUCAAUUCAGAUGCCUUAAAAAUGUGCAGGGUCUUCAAACGUUCGUUCUCAGAACCUUCAGCCAGUAUUGGUGUAUGGCAGUUGGCUUUUGAAACAAUGAGUGUUAUAUCUGUGGUCACAAACUGUGCUCUGAUUGGAAUGUCACCUCAAGUGAAUGCAGUCUUUCCAGAGUCAAAAACAGACCUCAUUUUGAUUGUAGUAGCAGUGGAGCAUGCACUCCUGGCUUUAAAGUUUAUACUCGCAUUUGCUAUACCUGAUAAACCACGGCAUAUCCAGGUGAAACUAGCCAGAUUGGAAUUUGAAUCUUUGGAGGCACUCAAGCAGCAGCAAAUGAAGCUUGCAGCCGAGAACCUGAAGGAAGAAUCGAGGGUAAGCGGGAAGGAGACAGAGACCUGAGUGUGCAGUGCGCCCUGCUGCCCUGUCCACGGAGGCCUGUGUCUGCGCCACACCGGCCGCUUGUGCGUGGGCAGGAAGGGUGCCCAGGGCAGCAUCGUGGCACCUGAACCCAGACCCAGUGCUUGGCCAAAUGAGGUGGUGCCCAGGUGGCAGACGCCCUUCUCACUCGCAGUGUCCCGGCUCAGGGUGGGCAGAAGAGGACGGCCAGGACCCUCGGCAGCUCGUGGCAGUUCCCAGCCCUGCCCCGCCCUGCUCCUUCCAGGUUCCCUCCCAGCCCCACGUGCCGCUCCAGCCACCUGGCUUCGCUCCAGAGCCACUGCCGCGCUUGGGCCUCUCACCACGAAUGAGCCGCCAGCUCUCCAUGUUGCCCUCACAGUGACGGUCACUCCCGACCCCACCAGGGACCCACAGACAGGAUGGGCGUGUGCCCGCUGUGCCCUCCACGGGAGCCGUCUGAAGAAAUGCUCCUGCUGAGCCUCGGCUGCAAGCGGAGCGGUGCAGAGGCAGCGUUGCCCACACCCGGACCUCUUUCCUUUUUCUCUGUCGCAGUGUGUUCGCAGACCCCUUGUCAACAGAAACAAUGGUCACUGAGCUAUUA